AUGGAACUGCCCCAGGACAUCAAACAUUUGUAUGUUCUUUGGAUAGAGGAAGAGCUCCGGAAGCACCAGCAUGCGGGCUCCAGACUUGCUUUCACGUAUAUGAGAGCUGUUCAGAGCGUCAAACAGUGUCCCAUGAUGGUUCGUCUGCCCUCCCAGCUGAGGAGUCUUCGGUUUAUAGGCGACAAAAUGGUGGCGACCAUGCGCAAACGGCUACAGGAGUACUGCGAGGAGCACGGAUACGAGCUACCAGACGACCAGCAAGAAGAAGAGCCCGAAAAAGCAGGCAAAAAACGGAGUUCUGAGAAAGACUCAGAGGGCACUAAAAAACGACGGCAACUGAAGUCUGCGCGCAAAUACAUCCCGCAACGCAACACAGGCGGCUAUGCAAUUCUAUUGGCUCUCUAUGUGCAUGAUCCAGGCUGUGACGGGCUAACGAAAGACGAGAUCAUCAAGCAUGCCGCACAAUACUGUUCUACAAGCUUCACUGCCAACCCUAGCACGGGACAAUUCUACUCUGCCUGGGGGAGCAUCAAGACUCUAGAGAAAAACGAGUACGUGCAGUCACGCGGACACCCGGUGUACUAUUUCCUAACGGAAACCGGGGUCGAGGUGGCUCAGAUUUUGAAAGCAGUCGAGGAAGAACAGAAGAACGAAAGUCAGGACGGAGUCGAUAGCUCGCCAAUUUUGAAGCGCACAGAGGACAGAAUGGUCGAUGUCGAGCGCAUAGACACAUGGAUACCUCCCUUGGCGAAAAAAGCUGGCCAACCAGCAAAUGUCGAAAACGUUCCUCACGAAAUAUGGAACGGCGGAAGUUACGAGAUAGAGCUGAUACUGGAUAACAGAGAGGUGCGGUCUCGCGAGGAGCGCGAUUUUUUCUCUGACCAGCUGCUCGGCCAUGGAAUUACGACCUCGGUGCGUGCUCUGACAGUCGGCGACGGCGUCUGGGUGGCCCGUCAUAAGGAGUCUGGUAAGGAGGCCGUUUUAGACUUUAUUUUUGAGCGCAAAAGACUUGACGAUUUUGCGUCCUCUAUUAAGGACGGGCGCUUUUUCGAGCAGAAAUCGCGCCUGCUAAGAACGGGCAUCAGGACCAUAUUUUAUGUGGUGGAAGAACAAAUGUCCAGUGACGUCUCUCGCUUUAGCGACGCUAUCCAGACGUGCAUCUCCAUGUGCAUCACAAACUCCCGUUUUCAUGUCAAAAGGACAAAGGACAGUGACGACACUGUUUCGACGCUCGCGUCCCUUUCCAAGAGAAUCCAGAAAUUUUAUAAACACCAAUCGCUGCUCGUUCUGGAACCUCGAGACCUAAAAUCGCAGCAUGAGUACGGUCAGUUAUUAUCACGAGUUUCUGCCGAUAACCCAGAAUUUCAAUGCGUAUACAACUUUGUUACGUUCCAGUCGCUGCUCUCAAAAUCCAACAUGGUCUCGGUCAGAGAAAUUUUCAUAAGGAUGCUCAUGACUAUCAAGGGUGUGUCUCUGGAUAAGGCGAUAGCCAUCCAGCUGCACUACGGAACGCCAAAAAACCUAAUUGACAGCUAUGCAAACUACACUGACGACAAAUCGCGCAUGAUUCACGACGCCCUCAAAAACCAAGUUGGUAACCGCAAAAUAGGGGCGGCCCUGAGCUCGAAGAUCUACGAGGUCUGGGGAAAAUAA